AGUAUAAACGCAGAUAAGACAAUUGAUUGACAGGCAGCAGGGCUCACAUCCCAUAGCGCUGUGAAUCAUAAUUUGCUUUGUUGUCUUAUUUUGCGUCUCUCGUUUGACGGAACUUACGUUCGUUCCCCCUCAGCAAAUCCCCGCUGCGACCCUUCUUUCCAACCAUUCGAGCUGUGAAAAUUUUUUCAGCCAAAAUACAAGUUGCUCUCAGCUGCCUAUUACGUCUUUCGUUGCAGGCUUAAAUGCUAGCCGACUAGUUACUAUGGAUCUGGUGGACAUCGAUCAGGUCCUGGACAAUUUGGAAGCUGAGCUCAAAGCUGACGAACAAUUGAGCCGCAAUGCAACGAGCGCUGCAGCUGCUGCGACUGCAGCUUUAAAUGUAAAUGUAGGCGGUGAGUCACGCCCAUUGGGUGAUGGCAGCGCUGGCGCAGCCAAAAACUUUGUGGGCGUCUCGCAGGUGUUCAAUAGCCUCAACGACUAUCGAAACAACGUUCAGUCGCUGGCCACCGGGAUGCAGGCGCACGAGAGCUACAAUUGGGAGACGGAAGCAGCAGAGCAACAGGAGGAGCAACAGCCCGAGCACGUUGAGCUGGAAGAUGAGGUGGUAGAGCAGGAGGUGGAAGAGGACUAUGAGGAAGAGGAGUUGGCCAGGCACGAGGACAUCAACAAGUUUAGCGAGUCAAAGUCAAAGGAUGGAAAUGUCUCAUCCAGCGAAUCGCUGACCACCUCAUCCUGCUCCACGUUCUCCUCGGGCCCGUCGCCCGGUAAUGUGAGCAACUCGGAGGAGCAAGAGGAGCUGAGUACACCACCCGAAAGCGAUAUGCCCAGUGCCCUGGAGCUGCCGCCCAAAGCGAACAGCGAAUUGGAUCAGCAGCCCGAACAACAUGUGGCUCCGUCGACUGCAGUGGAGGAUCUGGCCACGGGUCUCUCCUCCAUAUCCAUAACUAAUACAAAUACCACAGAAUCGCAGUCAAUCUUGCCCUGCGAGGUGACCGCCUCGUCUGCUCUGGGCAAGGUGCUCAACGAGCUGUCCGAGGAGACGAGCUCGGAGCUGGAAACGCAGAGUCAGGCGCGUGGCGGGGGCAACAACUUGCACAAUAUGCCAGCGGUCACCCAGCUAAAUCCAGCUCAAGUCCAGCAGCCAAAGCUGCAGGCAGAACCAGAUCUGCAGCAGCAGCAGCAGGAGCAGGCGCUCAAGCGUAGUCAACCACUGACCUUCUGCUCCACCAUGGACGAGAUCUCAGACACGGAGCUGGACAGCAUGCUGCAGGAGGUAGAAGCGGACAUUGAGGAAGAGACAGAGGCAGCUGCUGCCUCCACAUCCUCUUCAGACUCCUGCCUGCGCCAGCCACACGGCAUGAUGGACGAUGAUGGCGAUGAAAGCGCCUCUAUUUCGCCAGCCACGGAGGAGGAAUCGGUGCGCAUACUCUCCGAACAGGAGACCAACUCGGCGGAUCAAAUGAAUGUGGACAACUUCUCACAGGCAUCCACAGUGGAGUUCGCCGAGCUGCGCGCCACCGAGCCAGCUCCAGUCGUGGCGACGGCAGCCGAGGAGGUUGAAGUUGAGGUGGAGGCCGAGGCCGAGGCCGAGGCCUCAUCCUUCAGCAGCACAGCGAGCGAAACGGAUUCGCUGUCUGGACGGAAACUGGAGGAAGACGAGGAGGAGGACAGCGUAGCCACAGAUGCGCUCGAUACUCAGGAGCAACGACCACAACGUCCACAAACCUUAGACCUGAAUGGAGGUCAGCAGGCGAGUGCGGGACAAACUCCGCCGCCAGCUGAUCAAGCGCCGUCACAGUCGCAGUCCGAGGAUGCAGGAGGAGCCGCAGCUGUAGUUGCAGAGGGCGAAGAGGACGACGAUAGUCCCAUCUAUGAGGCCGUGGGCUACAGUGAUCCCCAUGCCAAUCUGGGCAAGGUGCCGCCCAUCUGGGUGCCCGACAAUAUGGCCGGCCAGUGCAUGCAGUGCCAGCAGAAGUUCACGAUGAUCAAGCGGCGGCAUCAUUGUCGUGCCUGCGGCAAGGUGCUCUGCUCCGUCUGCUGCUCGCAGCGCUUUCACCUGCAGUUCGCCAAUGAGCCGGAGUCGCGGGUCUGCGUGCAAUGCUUCAUGAUCCUCACCGAGCGGCAGGCCAAUGGCGGCGUCCCGGAUGCCUAUGCGGGUGCACCGCCCUCGGCGCUGCCGCCCACGCCCAUGCGCUCGCCCAAUCCCAAUAAUCCCAUGGAGUAUUGCUCGACGAUACCGCCGCAUCGUCAGGUGGCCGCCGAGGGUGCUCCGCCGCCCAGCGUCAUUGUGCCCGUGGGCGUGCUGAAGAAAAUGGAUGGCAGCUCCUCGAAUUCCUCCAGUUCGGAUGGCAAGAAGGGGCGCAAGCGCAAGAGCGUCAUGUUCAGCGAUGGCAUUGCGCCGGGCAGCGAGCUGGCCAGCACCAUGGAGCAGCAGUGGGGCGAGGCUAAGCAUGCGCGUCGCGGCCUGCAGCGCAGCAACAGCGGCGCCGGCGCAGCAGCCAGCGCCAAUCAAAAGCCGCCCACACCUGGCGCAGCCAGUGGCAGCAGCGGCGCCGGCAGCGGCACCGGCAGCAGUAUUGACAAUAGCUCCACCAUGGGUCUGGUGGCGCAGCUAUUCCGCGGCUCCAUACCGCCCAGUGCGGCGGCGGCAACGCUCACAGCGGCCGCCGGGGGCAGCCAAAACUCUAGCGCUGGUCGCAAUACAGCGCAAACCUCGCCGCGUCGCAAGGUCGAGCCGCAGCGUUCACGCAAGCUGCCGCCCAGCGAUGCCCAGGGCUGUUUCAUACCCUACGAGGAGAACGCACUGCCGCCCAUCUGCAUCAGCAGCAACGGCAGCAGCAGCAGCAUCUGUGAUGUGGAAUACAAGGAGGUGCGCAACGAUGCGGAUCUUCUGGAGCGUUUGCAGCGCGAGACGCUCAAGUUCAUUGUGAAGAACAAUUUCUAUGUGCUGGUCAAGGUAGUCAACAUGAGCUGCUGCAUGAAUCGCUGGGUGCUAAACUUUACCACCUCGGGUCUGCAUCAUGUGGGCAACGAUGAGUUGAUUAUCCUGCUGGAAAUUAAGCCACCGCCGGCGGCUGCCAAUAGCGGGCCGACUGUGCCGCGUGAUAUAUUCCAGCAUCUGUACGAGAUCUACGUGGAGGCGGAGCAGGCGCGCUCCAGCACACAGGAGCUGGCCUUCAGCAGUCCGCGUAGUGCCAACUUUUUGGGUUCGCGCGAGCACGGCGGCUUCAUCUACAUCCGGCCGACGUACCAGUGCCUGCAGGGCGUCAUUGUGCCGGACAGUCCGUAUCUGGUGGCCGUGCUCAUCCAUCGGCACGAGGUGCCGUGGGCCAAGGUCCUGCCAUUGCGUCUCAUCUUGCGCCUGGGCGCUCAGUAUCGUUAUUAUCCCUGUCCACUGAUCUCGGUGCGGAAUCGUGAGUCGGUCUACGGCGAGAUAGCGCAGACGAUUAUCAAUUUUCUAGUGGAUUUUCGCAACUAUACGUACUCGCUGCCGGCCAUACGCGGCCUCUACAUCCACAUGGAGGAUCGGCAGACGACUGUGAUCAUACCGCGCUACAGGCAGAACGAUGUCAUCAAGGCGAUCAACAAUUCCACCGAUCACAUCCUUGCAUUCGCCGGCAACUUCUCCAAGGUGGCCGAUGGCCAUUUGGUCUGCAUGCAGAACAUCAACGACGAUCGCUCCGAGAUGUACGCCUACUCCACGCAGGCAAUCAAUAUACAAGGCCAGCCGAGGAAGGUGACGGGCGCCAGUUUCUUUGUGCUGAACGAGGCGCUCAAGAGCAGCAGCGGACUCUCCGGCAAGUGCAGCAUUGUCGAGGACGGCCUGAUGGUUCAGAUAAUGCCCGCCAAAAUGGAGGAGGUGCGUCAGGCGCUGCGCAAUCAAACCGACAUCGACAUCGUGUGCGGCCCCAUCGGUGCCACCGAUGAGCAGAGUGAAAUAGUCAGCAUCAAGUGGGUGGACAAUGAUCGUGAAAUCAACGUGGGCGUCAAGUCGCCCAUUGAUGAGAAGCCCAUGGAUGGAGUGGCCAAUAUGCGUGUGCAUGCCAGCUUCAACUAUUCCAAUACCAAUUAUGCAAUUCGUUUGAGCGAUAUUUUUAUAAUCAAAUGUGAGGAUUGGUAUGCCACAAAUGGUGGCAACUAUGCGGACAUCACACGCAUUGCCGAGCAGCUGGCACGAAGUGCUUCGAUGGCGCUGCUACCAUUCCUCGAUCUACUCGCCGCAGCGGGCAUUAAUAAGCUCGCACUGCGAGCCACACUCGAUCAGGAGAACGUCUGCUAUGAGGCGGGUGCACGUGGUUCGAAGCUGCCGCCGCUUUAUAUGAAUGCGCUCGAUAAUCAUCUGAUAGCCACACUGCAUGGCGAAUCGUCUGGCAUUCAGGAUCCUAUUAUAUUGGAGCUAGUUUUCUAUAUACUAAACGCCUAAAAGCUGUAGUGCAAUUGCUGUUCUGCCCCUCCCAAAAAAUCCCUCUUCCUCCUCCUCCCUCAAAGGACAUCGAACUCAAUACAACAAUACAAGCUGCAUAUACUUUCGUAUACUUUCUAACCAUGCCUAGCUACAUAAUCCUAUAAAGCGAUCAAGUGUGUUGCCCGCCCCACCCCCCAUCCAGUUAAUCGUACAACGUAAACGGACUCUCCUCCUUUCGGCUGCAAUGCGACGGCGCAAUUACUGUAUAUAAUUAGUACAUGCUAUACAAUAUUUAUAUAUGUAUACUAUCGGUGUUUUGUUUGUUUUUAUCUCGCCUCUGUUUCUGUGUACCUUCAUAAGCCGAUGCAAAUAUUUUUGUAAUUUUCAAUGUUUGAUAAACAAAACGAAGACAAGAAUUCAGUGUUGGCAUUUGGCAGCCUUUUCAUAUUCUAAACAAGUCUUUUUUUCGCAACUUUUUAAAAGAAAAAUAACCUAAAACAUCAACUUUCUUUACGAUAAAUGGGUAACAUCUAGAAAAGAUAAUAAUAUUUGUACAUGAUGUUCUCUUUAUUAUAUCCCUGUAUAUUUUCGAUUUGAAUA